AUGCCGUUCCCCUUUGUUCUGCCGACGACCUCCUCCUUCUCCUUCUCCACCAGCUUCAGCUGUGAAUCACACCCCUCGCUGCCCCUCACUGCGAGCACCUACCGCGGGGUCGUCCGCGAUGCCCUCAAGAAACACAAGAGACUGCCGCCAUCGGCCCAGUCUCCCCACAUAUCCUCGCUCAUCACCGCCCUGAACGCCUACCUGCCCUAUCUACUUGCCAUCGACGCAGGCCUCACACGAAAGGGCCUCCAUGCUACGGAGAUCACCGUCAGCCAAACCGCUCCCCUCGCCAUAGAAUGGCGCCCAACCCUGUCUGACAGUCACGUCCCCGGACGCGAACCGCCGCGUGUCAAGGUCCAAUCCCUUGACCACGAGGUCGCCUUUGUUCUCGCCACCCUCGCCCACGCCUACACCCUCGCCGGCCGCAUCGCCCUGCAGCCUCUCUACGUGACCUCGGUGGCAGCGCCCUCGGCCCAGGAACGAACCGUCGCCAUCCAGACUGCCACAAAACACCUCCUAGAAGCCGCCUCGCUCUACGACCACGUCGCGACGCGCGCUGAAGGCUCCUCGAACCCGGCCCCGAGCGUCGACAUCUCGGCCCCCGUCCUCCGCGGCCUCGCCUCCCAGGCGCACGCCGAGGCCACCCUCCUCGCCGUCCUCAAGGACGACCCCUACCCCGCCGUCGUCUCGCAAACCCGCAACGAGGCCGACAAGGAGUGGAUGUACCGCACGCCCUCCCUGCCCAAGGUCCGCGCCCACCUCUUCGCCCGCCUCUCCCUCGCCGCCGCCGAGCACGCCUCCCAGGCCGCCACCCUCUGCGGCACCCGCCUCCCCGGCGUCCCGCCCCUGAACCCCGCCCUCCUCCGCUACCUCGACGACACCCGCCGCACCUCUCGCGCCCGCGCCUGCCGCUUCUUCGCCAUUGACGCCGAGAUUGCUGGCGAGACCGGCACCGCCCUCGCCUGGCUCCGCGCCGCCCUCCAGGAGCUCGGCGUCGAGUCCCGCACCGACGCCGCUGCCGCCGCCGCGAAAAAGUCCUCCCUCGGCGCCGGCUUCUCCCGCCUGCGCAAGGACUGGGCCGAGAAGCGCGAGGACAAAAAGGUCGAGCGCGAGACCGCCUGGGGCGCCGACGGCGGCAAGAUGGAAGAGACGCGCGUCAUCGAGCACCUCGAGAUCAAAUGGACCAAGAUCAACGACCUUGUCACGACCCAGGCAAUCCCCACGACCGGCUCAGUCCUCGCCCAAAUGCCCUCCGGCCGUGAGAUCCACACCAUCAAGCCAUUCCAGCCCGCCGAGCUCGAUCGGAGCGUCCUCGAGGCCGCGCGCGCGCCGCCCGACCGCAGCGACGACUUUGGCGAAGCCCUGAGCUCCGACGACGAGGCCAAGGGCCAACAACACGCUGAUCCACCUGGCGCGUAUCCUGGGGCCAGACAGGACCAUCAUGGUGGGAGCAGCUACUACUAA